AUGAUGCAGCAUGUUUGGAAAAGGUUGCUCAGUAGUAAAAUCGAACCCGCAUUACAAUCUGCUAGCAAAUGGGUUGAACAACUAGACUUACGUAAAGUUCCAGUAAAUUUAUUUGCCGUUAGGUUUGACAGAGCAAGUGGACCAGGUGGUCAAAAUGUUAAUAAAGUGAACAGUAAAUGCACUUUAAUGCUCUACAAUUUUUCUAAUUGCAGUUGGUUACCGCAGGAGGUUCGUAGCCAGAUUUUACAAAAAUCUAGAUACUAUGCACGUAGUAGUGAUUCGAUCGUUAUACAAGCGAGUGAAUCAAGAUCAAGGGAAUCUAACAAAAAAUUAGCACUUGAAAAAUUUGUCAAUCACAUUAAAGAAGUAUGUUGGUUCCCCAAGCCUACAGAAGAUACCACAAUUGCUAAGUGGGAUCAAAUCAAACGUAGUUCACACGAGAAACGAUUAAAUAAUAAGAAGAUGCAUAGUGAUAAGAAGAAAUUACGUAAAAGUAAAGAUUUCUUUUAG